GCCUGGGAAGGCGCCCCGGGGCAGGUAUUGAUGUGGGCGUCUCAGCUAAGACUGGACGGCAGCCCUUAGCCGAGUCCAACGCUGCCAGACUCGUGGCGGGGCCAAAAGACGGGACUCUGAGUUGUUAUUCACUCCCUCUUCUCUCUCAUCACCAGGGACACGUAGCUGUCAGACUCAACCGCGGUCCCGAUCUCAUUCUCGCCUGCAAACCCUCCAGCGCAGUCUGCAAUCCUGCAUCCUGCAUCCUGCAUCAUGGCUGAAGCCAUAACCUCGACCCUGGCCAGCCUGAACCCCUUCGCCAGGAAGGGCACCUCUCCAGAGGAUGACGAGAACGGCGAGGAAGUCGACAACACCACGAUCGCCGGUGGCGGCCACAGCGCUCGCCAGACAGAGGUGACUCAGCACCAGCUACGAGUCAGCGGUGCGCUCAAGUCAUUCUUGCUUGAGCAGGGCGUGCUCAGCAAGCACGACCUCAAGGGUGACACAGACGAGGUACAGAGUGCGGCUCUGCACGCGCUGGUCAAGAAGCCGCACAUCAACGUUCCACCGCAGGUCACCGACAGGUCGCACCCGCUGCCCGAGUACUUUAUCAGCUCAAGCCACAACACGUAUCUCUUGGCACACCAGCUGUUUGGCACCUCGUCCGCCUCGGCCUACGAGACUGCACUGAAGGCAGGCGCCCGGUGUGUCGAGAUCGAUGCCUGGGAUGGAGACGAGGACAAGGACGAGCCAAAGGUCACCCACGGCUACACCCUUGUGUCUCACAUCCCUUUCCGCCAGGUCUGCGAGACCAUCCGGGAUGUCGUCGACCAGGAGGCCAAGGAGGCCGUCAACGAGCAGGGCUACCGCGCAGCGCCAAUCAUGAUCUCCCUUGAGAACCACUGCGAUGCCCACGGCCAGAAGCGGCUGGUCGACAUUAUGAAAGAGGUCUGGGGCCAUCGCCUGCUGAGCAAGGCCAUCCGAGAGAAGGGCCACCAGGAGCAAGAGGGCGGUGACCACGUGACCCUGGAGGAGCUCGGCUCCAAGAUUGUCGUCAUUGUCGAGUUCCAUCUGGAAGGGGAGAAGGACUCUGAAUCCAGCACCAGUGACGAAUCGUCCGAUGAUGAGAGCAAGGAGGCCCGCAAGAAGUACAAGGAGAAGAAGAAGACCACCGGCGCAGGUGUCAUCAUACCAGAGCUUGCCGAGCUCGGCGUCUACGCCCAGUCGGUCAAGCCUGUCGACAACUCGUGGUUCGAGCAGCCGCAGAUGAACAACGGCCCACAUCACCAUCUCAUCAACGUCUCCGAGACCGGGCUACUGAAGCUCAUGCCCGAGUUCAACCAGAACAUCGCCAAGCACAACGCGCACCACCUCAUGCGAGUGUUUCCCAAGGGGACUCGGAUUUCGUCCAAGAACCUCAAGCCUGUACCUUUCUGGGGUAAUGGUGCUCAGAUAUGCGCGCUGAAUUGGCAGACUUUUGGCAUCAGCAUGCAGCUGAACGAGGCGCUGUUCUCAGGCACCGACGGAUUUGUGCUCAAGCCCGCGGCUCUCCGAAGCGGCGGCGACGGCAGCGUCACCACCGGGCAGAAGAGGCGUCUCCGUGUCCACGUCGCCGGAGCCACCGACCUGCCACUGGCAAAGGGCAAGGAGGCCGACGACAUCAAGCCGUACGUGACUGCGUCACUCAUCCACCCUCUUGAUUCCAAGAAUGAUGACACUACGGCGAACAAGAAGAGGACUGCGUCAUACAAGCAGCACAAGCUCACGGGGUUCCUGCAUCGUGGGGAAAAUCCCCCCACGACCGAGCCAGUAUGGGAUGAGACGCUCGAGUGGGAGUACGAAGACAGCGAGCUGGCCUUCCUGAGGAUCCUGAUCAAGAGCGAGGACUCGUUUUCUGUCAAUCCGAUCCUUGCGCUUACCACGGUGCGGCUGCUCUAUGCUACGCCCGGCUGGAGCUUUAUCCGCCUGCUCGAUCUGAAGGGACGGGAGACAAAGUCAUCACUGCUGGUCAAAUUUGAUAUCCAGAACGCUGAUUAGGGCGCGAGAAGAGAGGGACCCUGCAGCCCAAGACAUCAUGCAUGCAAAAGCGGACCCAGUGGCUCGAGGCUUCAGAGUUGGCUUCUACUGCUUUUCCUAAUUGGUUUUCAGAGUUACAAUAUAAAUGUGAACCUUCUGACCACCCCUGUGCUAUUUUGUUAACAAUUGAAGAAACAAGAUGCUGUCACCUGCUA